CUGGCAGCCUUGGUCGGCCAGCUGUUCGCGUUGGUCGUGCAACAACAAAUUCAGCAGUGAUUUUCGUAUUCGGAAAACGUAGCAAACGUUUUAAAGUCGUAGCGCUGCUCGGAAUUAAUAGAAAACUGUCGGAAAACACAGAAAAAGUAAAGAAACAGCGCGGGCCAGCACGAAAACAACUUAACCUGCAAGAAAAGUGAUUGCGAAAUACGCUGAAAGAGCCCGGACCACCCACACAUUUGCGUCAACAGAGGAAGCCAGACGUCACAAUCGCAUCGCUGGGAAACGCUGACAACGACGACGUCGAUUUUUUUAUGGCGGAAGCAGCCUCGUCAAUCUGUUAACUGAAAGACAGCUCCGGCUCCAAAAGGAACUCCAUCCAAUCCCCGCCAGCGAGGGCAGACGGCAACAUGUUUUGACCUCCCACUCGGCACAGCUGGAGCGCCCGCUGCUCUUCUCUGUUCCCCCUGGUCACCUCGUCAUCCGUUUCAACGUCACUCCAGCGCAUCAGCCUCUCAAAUCACGCACAACCAACAGCACACAAAACCAUGUCCUUCUCCGACUUUGACGCCAUCUACGAGGAUGAGCAGCUGGACGAUCUGGAGCACUUCCAGGACCAAACGGUGGCGCCCGUCCAGGAGCCCAUCAUCAUUCGCGGCGCGGGCAACAUGACGGUAUUUGGCCUGAGCAACCGCUUCAAUGCGGAGUUCCCCUGCGGUCUGCUGUCCCGAGUGGCUCCCGAGGAGUUCAAGGCGACGGUGGGCCGGAUCAAUGGAGUGCUGAAGAAAUCCCUGCCCGUCAACGUCAAGUGGCUCUUUUGCGGCUGCGUCUGCUGCUGCUGCACGCUCGGCUGCUCCCUCUGGCCCGUCAUCUGUCUUAGCAAACGCACACAACUCACACUGGACAAGCUGUUCGAAUGGGAGAAUAAUCAUCUAUAUCAUAAGCUGGGCCUGCACUGGCGACUGCAUAAGCAACAAUGUGAUUCCAAUUCCAUGAUGGAGUAUGUUAUUUUAAUUGAAUUUAUACCCAAAACGCCUAUCUAUCGGCCCGACUAAGUGCCGGUCAGGGAGCCGGGCGUGGGCACGGUAUCGCGGGGUCGUAAUGGUAAUUGUAAAAUAAACACUAGCUGCUAACACUUUGCUUUAGGCGUUUACGGAUCGUGCUAAUCGGCAGCGAGUAGGCAGAGAGUACACUAAUCCAUAGGACAGGCAGGCACAGCACACAUUACCUAAUUUAGUGCACUCGCAGAUUGUCAUUUUAAGCUAGUACUAUUUAAUGUUCAGUUUAAAACUAAUUUUUGCAAAAACACUAGCCAGUAAGAUUGAUUUCUCGUAACAUUAGGGCGCUCUACUUUCCCUGAUUUUGUUUAGCUGUAUAUUCUAAUUUGUUUUUCAAUCUAAUGCAAUAUUAUUAAAUACAUUUCUUGAUAGGAAAUUACAAUUUAUUUACAAACCAAGUGUUUUUCUAAAUGUUAUGAUCCCCCUUCUCAACCCGUCAGAAAUCGAAUUUUGUUCUGUUAUUGUACAAGGUACAUAUAUAUUUUGAUAUAUAUCAUAUGGUUACCUAAGUAUUUUGUGGUUUCAAUAACUUUACAGCACUUUGGGGCAUAGACGGUCGAUGAACAAUAAAUACAUUUUAAUUUA